AUGGACGAAACAGGCACUGGGGGCCCACAACCCCUUCCGCAACCGUCCUCGGAUCCGGAUCAGGACUUCGAUACGAACUAUUUCACGAACCACCCUGUAACGUCGCACGGAGCCAUCAAGCUUCGCUCUUUGGGACAAGAAUGGGAGCAGAUGGGCUCACUCGUGGAGGGAUCGGCCUUCGCUCUGCUGAACGAUAUUGUCGCCGCCGUUUCAGAGACAACUGACGAGACAGACCCGAAGGAACUCCAAACUCUGGACGGCCACAUGAAAGACCUGAUCGACAUGCGCGAAGCGUUACGCCAUAAUCAGAGGGCUUUGGAGGAAUUGCAUCAGGAAAUACAACAGAAGGAUAUCGUUAAUAUCAUGGAUGUCCACGAGCAGGCUGUCAACGGCGAAGCAGAACCAUGGGCGAAGAAGACCGCACGCCAAAGGUAUGCCAAGAGCGAAGCCUAUCGUCGGUUUCGCAUCGCAUCAUAUGAGGUGCUUCAUCCCGAGUCAGGUGUCCCGCCUCUAGAUCAGCUCAUACCUGUCGAAGAUGGCGACGACGACGACGACGACGACGACGACGACGACCUUCAGGUCAGCGGUAUAGUGCAGGAACUUAGAUGCCCCAUCUCACUAACGCUCAUGGUUGACCCCUACACAUCGGAUGUUUGCCAUCAUUCAUACUCUAAGGCACCCAUCUGGGACCUGCUGGGCGAGAAUACCAGUGCGCACUCGAAGAAGCCCUGUCCUGCCUGUAACACGAUGAUUUGUAAGGACGAUCUCCAUCCUAACAAAGAUCUUGAGGUAAAGAUCGAACGUCGGCGCCGGAGACUACAGCGUGAGGAAGAUAUCGAUGAAGUCGAGAACACCAUAGACUAG